AUCCACUCCUCACCAUGGCUGUCAAUUGGACGGGAGGGAACAAGCACAUACCCAAUGCUAAGGCCCGUGGCUACUACGUGCAACCGUACGUGAGCGCUCGAAGAGGCCUCCCGCCUACGUUGGUCGAUCGCACUGCAGCCGUUCCUACUUCUUUCUAUGACUCUCUGUCACUCACUGCCGAGCAGGACGAUGACUGUUCCCUAGACAAGCUUCGGUGUAGCGUCGACCUUGAACAGGCGAGACAGAGUCUCUUGAAGCGGCCAAACUGGACUGCCUUCCCCUCAGCGGCCCCUCGCAUUCGCGACCAUCGCCCUCGAAAGCGCGGCUCGCGGAACAACGCAUCCGCGCGGCUUCGAAGUGGCAGGGGUGACAAGUCGUUUUUCUCAAACUCUCCCGAUCAGUCUCUCACUUCGUCGCCUGAGAAGAAACGCUUGUCUCUCUCCUUCUCCGGCCCUAGGUCUCCGUUCACUUCCAGCGACGCGCUUUCUCACCGGCACUCUUCAUCACGGGGAGCAGCAAAAGCAUCGAGCCCAAAGCGUCUUUCUACUCCUCCGUCGCACGCAAAGGCGUCGUCGAACAGCAAAGCUCCGAGAAAGCUCACGAAAGGAAGCUCUCAUGUCUCAUCCCCAGUUCCACAUCUUUCAGCGUCCCAUUGUCACGACCAGUGAUUAACACCAGCACUGUUUCCACUCUACUUCUUGAGCCCUUGU